GCGACCCAUUAAAAUUUUAUUUGAUGUUUCCUCGUGCAAGUUUGGACAUUUUGGAUCCUUUCGGACAUUUCGCCAUUAUAAAUUAUGCGUUUUUAUUGGGCCUUGAAACCGAUUUAUCCAUGAUGCCAAGAAGCAGUCAUAUGGAUCUAAUCACUUCAGGUUUCAACACUUUUUUACCAGCCGCAAUUGGGUCGGUCCUAUUCUUCUUAAUAGGCCAAACUGGAAAUAGUUCAAUGGGCUGUAUUUAUUGGGCCGUAGCUUUAGCUGCAACCGGCCCAACAAUCCUAGCAGAACAACUAGAUAAUGCAAAGAUAUUUGCUACAGACGUUGCUAAAACAGCCCUUUCCGUAGCUCAAAUUACAGAUUUAACCUCAUGGGUUCUUCUUGCCCUAGCCAGCUCUCUCACCGGCGCCGGCCUUCCGUCGGCGAUAUUGUCGGUUAUCUCCAUCGCCGCGUUCAUCUUAUUCGCCGGAUUUUACAUGCGACCUGUGAUCGAGAAGAUGAUCGAGAAAACUGGCGAAUACGGUAUUGAUAACGAUGAAUAUUACUUUUGUACGUUUGUAGCGGUCGGCGUUGGAAUGUUCGGUUUCUUCGCGAAUUCAAUGGGAGCACAUCCGGUUGUUGGAGCGUUCGUGUUCGGAUUGAUAAUUCCUCGAGGAGCGCUUGAGGUUGAGUUGUUUGAGAAAUUUGAAGGAUUCAUUAUGUGGAUCUUGAUGCCUUUCUUCAUGGUGACGGUUGGACAGAGAGUUGAUAUUUACUCGAUAUCGUCUGGAUCUGGUUGGGGAAUCGCGAUCGUUGUUCUUGUUGUUGCAGGUUUGAGUAAAGCGAUUGCUGCGAUGGUUUCUUCGUUUAUUACGGGAAUGGAUUUUAAAGAAUCUGUUCCUUUAGGUAUUUUGAUGAACACUAAAAGUUUGUUUCCGAUUAUGGCUCUUCAUAUUGGAUUAGAACAUCAGGUUUUAUCAGCUCAAAGCUUUACGAUAAUGGUGAUUGGUUUGUUGUUGAUGACGAUCUCAGUUGCGCCAUUUACACUCAUAAGCGCGGGAAAGAAACAGAUUCCUUAUAAACGUAGGACGAUUCAUAAACUUAGAUCUAAAGAAGAACUACGAAUCCUCGCUUGUCUUCAUUCGAUUCAAGAUAUCCAUAGCACGGUCGGCUUAUUUGAUGUAUCAUUCCCCUCUCAAAACUCGCCAAUCAUCGCCUUCGCAGUGCAUCUUAUUCUCCCUCAUUCAUUCAGCGGUCCAUCCGAGACCGAUCAGAUCUUGGCUGCGUUCGAUAAAUAUGUUCGUCAACGCGAAAACAUUACAAUCAGUACUUUCUCAAUCAAAUCAACAUAUUCAAUUGCUGAGGAAGAUAUCUGUGAUGCUGCUGAAGAACGUCGAGCGAAUCUCGUCAUUAUUCCUUUUCAUAAACAACAAGGUUCUACAGGUGAAUUGGAGAUUGUUGGACCGACUAGAGAAAUGAAUGAGAGUGUGAUAUCCAACUCGCCUUGCUCGGUUGGGAUCUUUAUUGAUCGAGGUCUGGCUGCUUCGGGUCAAUUCGCGACUAGAAUCGCGAUGAUCUUUGUUGGAGGACCCGAUGAUAGAGAGGCACUUGCGUACGCGGUUAGGAUGGCGCAAAAUCCUGCAGUGAAAAUGAAAGUGACGUUAUUCGUCCCAUCCGAGACUGCAAAUCAACUCCAAUACAAGAAUAGGACUGACAUGGCGAUGGCGUUUGAUGUGGAAAAUGAAAGAGACAAAGAUCAAGACGAAUCCGCGAUUAACAAAUUGAAGGAGACGAAUACUGAGGAAGGCGCGCCUCCUUCGACAAUUGCGUUGGAAGAAGUUGUGGUUGAUAACGAAGAACAAGUGAUUGAACUGAUACGAAGGAUGGAUGGACAAUACGAUUUGUUCGUGGUGGGAAAAGGAGGAAGACAUGUAUCUCCAUUGACGUCUGGUUUAGCUGAUUGGUGCGAGUAUCCGGAGUUGGGUCCUAUCGGGGAUGCGCUGGUGACAACGCGUUUCUCGUCUGCAUUCUCGGUGCUGGUGAUGCAACAAUACGAUCCGAUGGGAGUUCUGAACCUGGAUAGGCCUUCAUCUAGUUCAACUGUUAUGACGAAAGAUGAGUUGGAGCCUUCGACAAUGGAUUUGAAGCGAGCUGCGGAGGAUGGGAUUGAUGACGGAUGGUUUGAACGUCGGUAAAUAAAUAUAUAUGCUCGAAAGAUCGGUUCGAUUUGUUAGCUUUCUUGGUUCGAUAGCUUUCUAUUUAGGUGGCUUAUGGUCCUUUUGAAAAACAGUUAAUUUAGGUUUAUUUAUUCAUUUCUCAAUGUACCAAAAAAUUAAUGUUCCAUUAUGCCACAUUGUUGGUUGUGAAUAUAUUAAGGCCUUGUUAAUUUUAUAUAAAAGCUUACCCUUUCUAUUAAUAUAUCUAAGAAUUUCUAUUUUUCGCUUAUCA